UAGGGUAGCGUAUGUAUCAGUGGUAUACAUGGGUACAAAUCAACCACGCACAAACGUCAGUGCGUAUCCCAUUUUGAAAAUUGCUCGGCAAUUAUCGAACAGUCGUGAUCAAUUGCAUCACAUUGUAUUAUUCUGCUUACUUGCAGCAUAUUUGUUACGUACGAGUGUUUUCUAGACGUACGUACUUGUGUAUUUCAUUUAUAGUCGUUCAUAUUGGCAACGCGAGGUUACAUCCUGGAUACUUAUAUCUUUUACUGAUCAUCAACAAACGAAGAAAUACCGCCUGAGUCUGUAUACGAUGUUGAUAGCUUAAAGAUAUCGUCAAGCAUGGAAAACAGUGGAGAAAGUGGGGAUGACGGGGGUCCCUUGGGAACCUCAGGAUACCUAAGCGGCAGCGGCGUGGGUGCUUCUUACAUUGGUGUGCAGUCAGAUGAUUUAGAAGAUGAUCCUGAAAAUACCGAUGAUUCGAACCAUGGUGGCGGUGAUCCCCUUCAAGGGCGAGGUGGAGGUUGUCCACUGCGUGAGCAAGAUCGUUUUUUACCUAUUGCAAAUGUUGCCAAGAUAAUGAAACGUGCGAUACCAGAAGCAGGUAAAAUAGCUAAAGAUGCUAGGGAAUGCGUCCAGGAAUGUGUAUCCGAGUUUAUAUCAUUCAUUACAUCGGAGGCCAGUGACAGAUGCCAUAUGGAAAAACGAAAAACUAUAAACGGGGAAGAUAUACUCUUUGCCAUGACCACAUUAGGCUUCGACAAUUAUGUGGAGCCUCUUAAGGUAUAUCUGCAGAAAUAUAGAGAAGCCACCAAGGGUGACAACCCAGGAGGAGCUGCCGGGGUUGUUGCAGGCAAUGGAAAAUCUGGGGAUCAACAAGGUGCGAUGUACGAAGACCAGCUUUUCACAAUUGCUACUACAACUGAGAACGCUGCUACUUCUGACGCUCCUGUGAUAUACAGUUACACACCUCCGGAUCAGAUGCAGUUCCAACUUUCCUGAACUGUGAAUAAUUGAAUUUCGAACAAUCUUUUGGAGCUUUGUUAACACCAAGUCAAUGAGAUGAGCGGCGUUGAAACACAAGUCCAAAGGCCUGUCUGAUUGCUUUUCCCUUUUUUUGAAAGAUUAAUUUAUUUUAUAUCAGUUAUUCUGUCGUUAAAAGAUAUGUCACACUUCAACCAGUCAAUUAAGUAAUUAGUUCCAUAGUGGAUCAAUCAAUCGAUCGAUCUACAUACUCUACUCCUUAUGCAAUUAAUAACGCUUUAUUACCAUGAACUUGUAUCAAGCGUGGGAAUUAAGAAAGAAAGAUGCUUUUGAUUCUUGAUUUUCUAAAUAGAUCGAAUUCCUACGCUAUCAUAUCUAGGCAUUAUAAUAUUCUAUUUGAUUUUAUUCAAUUUUUCAAUCUUUCAUUUUUUCAUUAUCUUUCUCUCUUCAAGCACACCGGUCCACUUUUCUUUUUUAUAUCUAUCAACAAGUACGCAACACAGUACGUCAUUUUCGUUUUCUUUUUUUAUUUGUUUCCAUACUGUGGAUUUUUUUAUUAAAAGUUCCAAGGGGCGGGGCACGCUAAUAAUUAUAUUGCGUCCUUGAAGCUGAUGUAUACGUAUAAUAUGUUGGGUCAUUUUAAACCUCCCAAAUAUCUUAAAGUUAGUGAUAAUCAAUGUAUAUAUUCAUUAUAAUGAUAAUGAUAAUGAUAAUCGUAAAAACAAGUCCAUGGUGUAAAACACUCUUAAACUUUUAUAAAUGAUAACAAAUUGAAGCUA